CAAUGCUUGCCCUGAGGAAGACCAACGACAAUGAUAUUCACGAUCUUCCCAAUAUUCUUGAGAUACGACGAGGAUGAGAGUCUAAACCAACAAAGAACGCAAAUUUGGCUGCGUUUUCGUCAAGCCCAUGGUGUUUAUUAGCUCAUUCUUCUGGACGUAAAAAUUGUCGGACUUACAUAGUUUCCGCAAUGCACGCUGAAUGUAAAUAAUCCCUGUCUCCAGGACUGCAGAUCACAUGAUGAUAAUAUGACUAUUACUGUAACACAUAACACUCACGACUGGAGAUGGUGCAGUGAGCCACAGAAUCUCCUACGACUACAAGUCAAAGGCUUGCGCAGAGAUAUACCAAAAAUAUUUGACCAUGCGUGCAAUCCUGCAGUUAGCAGUGUUGUCCUCCAUAGUUAUUGUUGCUCAAGCAAAGAACAUCAGUCAGCCUCAUAUAAUAUUCAUCUUGGCUGAUGAUUUGGGCUGGGAUGAUGUGAGUUUUCAUGGCUCAAAGCAAAUUCCGACUCCUAAUAUUGAUGGUUUGGCAAACAAUGGAGUGAUCUUGAACAACUACUAUGUGUCACCAAUUUGCUCUCCAAGUCGCAGUACUAUCAUGACAGGAAAAUAUCCCAUACACACAGGAAUGCAACACAGUGUUAUCAUGGGUGGAGAGCCUUUUGGGUUAGGUCUGGAGGAAAAAUUGCUACCUCAGUUUCUCAAAGAAUUGGGUUAUGCCACACAUGCUGUGGGAAAGUGGCAUCUGGGAUUCUUCAAGUAUGACUAUACCCCAACAAAAAGAGGAUUUGACUCGUUCUUUGGAUACUGGCUGGGUGCUGGUGACUACUGGGAUCAAUCUGAAGCUGAAAUGUAUGGGUCAUGGGGAUUGGACCUAAGGAACAAUACAGAGCCUGUGCAUAACCAGUGGGGAAAUUACCGCACCUACAUGUUCACAGACCAUGCUGUAAAUUUGAUCAACUCACACAACACCUCCAAACCACUCUUUUUGUACCUGGCGCAUGAAGCAGUUCAUAGUGCAAAUGCACACCAACCACUUCAAGCACCAAAGGAUCUGAUUAACAGGUUUAACGACAGCAUCCAUGAUGAGGAUCGGCGAGUUUUUGCAGCAAUGGCUACAGCACUGGAUCAAUCUGUUGGAAAGGUGGUUGACACACUCAAAGCAAGAGGAAUGUAUGAUAACUCCAUCAUUGUGUUUAGUACUGACAAUGGUGGACCAGCCAACGGUGUAAGUCGGAACACAGCUUGUAAUUAUCCGCUGAGAGGAACCAAGUAUACUUUGUGGGAAGGAGGAAUCAGGGGAACCUCUUUUGUCCACAGCCCCCUCUUGGCAUCCACAGGCCGUGUGAGCAUGGACCUAAUGCAUCUGUCAGACUGGCUCCCUACGCUCUACGGGCGUGCGGGAGGGGACGCGCAGAAGCUCCUUAACAUAGAUGGGUACGAUAUGUGGCCUUCUUUGUCCAAGGGCGAGAAGUCUCCUCGAAAGGAACUGGUGCAUAACAUUGACCCAGUGACGUGGGCAUCUGCGCUGCGAUAUGAACAAUGGAAACUGUUGGUGAAUGAAACUGACGGUGGUGGUCGUGACGGAUGGUACCCACCGCCGGGGAUCGAGGAAAACGCACGAUCACCGCGCAAUUUCACCACCUCCCUUCCCUCUCUGAAAAACGCAGUUGUGACGUGCGGACCGCAGCCAGCUGAGCCCACGAAGUGUGGCGUCAAGGACGGGCCAUGCCUCUUCAACAUCCAAGACGAUCCAUGUGAGUACACCAACGUAGCUGAGAAAGAGAAGGACGUGCUGAAAAUGAUGUUGCAAUUGCUGGAGAAGUACAAAGCGACUAUGGUGCCGAUUAGGAAUAAACCCUACGACAAGAACGCGGAUCCCAAAUUCCAUGAUGGCGUGUGGACAGCGUGGUGUGACGAGAAACCAAAUGAGAACUGCGAGGAGUAGUGCCAGGGCACUCAGUGUGGUUGAUCGUCACUUAGCAGGUUGUGGGUGGGGAUUUAAAAGAAUUAAGGCAGAAAUGAUUGUAAUUUGGUUCCUUCGGUAACGUGAUUGCGUCUUUCAAAUUCAUCUUUACCAAAAGCCAUGGGCAAACAUCUCUUAAUGGAAAACAAAGAAUUGCCACGUUGCUGUGCAUCUCAUGAAAGUCUCUCUUCGGGUCCGGGAAGUUAACCCUUGAACUCCCAAGAUCUGAUUGCUAAUUCUCUCCUCUAAUUGCUACACAUUUCCUUGCGAAUUACUUACGAGAAUUUGGCGUUAGAUCAAGAUAACAACUUCUACCUAAUAAGUUUAUGUAUUCACAUUACCUGUUUGCUAGAUAAUGUAUGGAUACUAUAUGGAGAACAGGAGCCCAUUACCCGGAGCCUCCAUACCAAUUGUACCCUUGAGUCAACCCUGUCCCGUAUCUUUUUAUUGUUAGAACUGAGAUAUGUGGGGGGUUCUUUAAUUUCCCGCGAAAACACGUUGAUGUUCGCAUAACACCCAAAAAUAAAUGGCGGCCAAAGGCGAAGGCUGACCUCUAUUCCUUCUCUGCAGGAGACGUAAACAGUAGAGGACCACAGCUCUCUUAUGAUUGGCUAUAAUGUAAACACCCGCGAAAAACCCCGUGGGAGGUGCUUCUAAAAAUAAAAAGAUACGGGACAGGGUUGACUCAGAGGGUAAGUAUGGAAGAUGGAAGCUCCGGGUAAUGGGCUCCUGAUGGAGAAUUAUAUGUGAAUCGCCUCUGGGAGUUUGGGUUUAAAUGCGGCAGCAGUUCAGAUGGAAUGGAAUGAUCCCUUUUGGUACUGAGUCGCGAGAUUGAUAAACAAGGGAAUCUAAUUAUUGAGGGUUGGUAAGUCUUACGUGCGGAAAACCAGGAAGAAAUUAAAUCCAAGAAUAACAAUAAAAAAAUAAUAUAG